UUCCAAAUUGCCCACCGGAGCUGCUGAAGCGCCCUCUGGGUUCCGCCUCCAAAAUGCGUUGCCACUGGUAACGCGGAGGAAAAGAGGAGGGACUCUAGUCAGAGGAGCCUAUGGGAGAGCGAAAAGACGUUGAGUGACACCGAGCCUCUGACCAAUCAGCGCCUUUGACACGCCUGUGUCGCAUGCCCUGCCGCUGCCUAUAUAAACCACACUGACAAUUUAGUAAUCCAGUCUGAUCGCGGGUCGUCUGGCUAAAGUAGGACUUUAAAGAAGCAAGAUAUCGACACAAGCAAACCCUCUCGCUUAAUUUAACACUGACAACAUGAAAGCAAUAAGCCCCGUGCGGUCCUUCCGGAAAAACAACGCGAAUUUAUCAGAGCACUCCUUGGGAAUCUCUCGGAGCAAGACCCCGGUGGACGACCCGCUCAGCCUGCUGUACAACAUGAACGACUGCUACUCCAAGCUGAAGGAGCUGGUGCCCAGCAUCCCCCAGAACAAGAACGUCAGCAAGAUGGAAAUCCUGCAGCAUGUCAUCGACUACAUCCUGGACCUGCAGAUCGCGCUGGACUCCAGUGUCGCACUAACCAGCCUGCAUCACCCCGCGCGGCCGGGGCAGGCUCCAUCCAGGACCCCUCUGACCACCCUCAACACAGAUAUCAGCAUCUUGUCGUUACAGUCCCCGGAGUUGCCAUCAGAGCUGAUGACAGAUGACAGCCGGACUCUGCAUCGUUAAAGCGGUGUUUGGUCAAGACGCAAAAAACACACACAGGACCUGGGGAGCAGGACUUCCCCCCCCCACCCCACCCCACCCUCCACCACCUCCUCCAACCUCUGUCCUCCAGGCCUGGAUUUUUCUUUUUCUUCUGACGCUGAAAUCAAGAGACUUUUGCUUAUUAUGGGACAAUCUUAUGUGAUGUGUUUUCUGUUUGGACACUUCAUUAUUAUUUAACUUAAGAAUUUUUUUUUUAAUUUGUGGGUCCUUUCUGGAAAUGGAAGGCACGUUAUAUUCCCGACAGUGGGAGGGAAAACGAGAUUAUUGUCACAAGGAUUAUUUCCCCGUUUCACCCUUGUCCCCCUCCUUGUUGAAGUCUUCGCUUUUUUUGCGAAGGUGGGAACGUGAAUAGAAAAGACAACUUGGUUAGUUACUGUAAAAAGUUUAGUCUUGUCUUGUCAGAGUUGUUGGCACAUGAAGGACUGGACGUUGUUUAAAAAAAAAAAAAAAAAAAAAAAAAAAAGUUAAAUGAAAGAAUGAAACCUUGUGAACUCUCGGGAGUUUAUCUUGUAUAGUUGCAGGAAUUUGAAACUUCUGCAAAAGUGUAAUGUUGUACUUAAUUAUUCUGAAACUUUUUAUAAAAGUAAAUUGUACCUUUUUUAUACAAAAAUAAAUCAAAAACGCA